AUGGACGGUGAGUGUAGCAGGGGUGAUAAUCAGGAGAGCAUAUUAAACCAUCAAACUUCAGAACCACGCUAUAUGACAUAUGAAUAUUUGAAGAGCAUCACAAAUGACUUCUCCGAGGAGCGCAUAAUUGGCAGUGGUACUUAUGGUGUUGUAUACAAGGGAGUAGAAGAUGGCAAAACAAUCGCUGUGAAGAAGUUUAAGUCCUUGUUCGACGAGAAGAAAUUUAUGAAAGAGGUUAAUUAUCUUAAAAUGCUUAACCACAAGAACAUAGUACCUUAUAUAGGCUACUGCAAUGAAAACCCCAAAACAGAACAAAUGUACAAUGGGAAAUUGAUUUUAGUGGAGGACCCACACAUGUUGCUUUGCAUGGAGUAUCUCCCUAACGGAAACCUGAGAGAUCAUAUUGCUGAUAAAUCUUCCAGACUUGAUUGGUGGAAGUGGUACACAAUAAUUGAGGGUAUUUCCCAUGGAUUAAAUUACCUUCUUGGACAAGAUCCACCGGUAACUCACCUGGACCUAAAACCAGAAAACAUAUUGCUAGAUGAUAAUCUGGAAACAAAAGUUGCGGACUUUGGUUUGUCAAGACUGCUGUAUGAAAACAAUACUAUCGAGACUGCGAACUUGGCUGGAACACUAGGUUACAUGCCACCAGAAUGCAUAGAUGAAAACAAAAUUUCACCCAAGUUUGACAUAUUCAGUUUUGGUGUAAUAAUUCUGGAGAUAAUAUCAGGACACAGAAAGUACCCAGCUGUUAAUGAGACGCCUUUCGAUGACUUCAUCGAAAUUCAACUUGAAAGAUGGCGAGAAAAAAGGCUGAAUAAACAUGACAAUACUUCUUUCGAAAUUGACUGCCAGCAGAUAAAAAGAUGCAUUCGUAUAGGUCUACUAUGUGUGGAUCCGGACAGGAAAAAGAGGCCUGAAAUGAAGGAUAUUAUCCAGAAUCUUCAUGAUUAUCUCAGUGAGGAUGUAUCCGUACCAAAGGAGUUGAUUGUGGUCGAGCCACGAGAGCUCCGGUUUUGCUUGGAGCCUAACAAGAGGAUUCGUUGCCUCGUGAAUAUAACUAACAUGACACAUCAGCAUGUCAGGUUUCAUUGUAGGGUGAAGAAGGCGGCAAGCAACCACUACUCCUUCGAACCAGAAAAAGGCACCCUCUGUCCUUUACGCACAUUAACUGUAUCAUUUGUAAUUGAAGAGCCCUGGGAGUUACCAUUCGACUUCCAGUGCCAUGAUCAACUAGUCGUGACGAGCACCGAGAUGCCUGACAUCAAACCCUUGCCAACCAGUAUGAGACACAAAGUUAACUUGACAAUUGUUUAUGAGCGACCAGUUUAUCCAGUCCAACCGCCUUCGGUACCCCGUGUGGGUUUUCUGGAAAACCAAUACAUGGAUAUAUUGAUUAACUGCAUACGUCAGAAUCUGGGAUUCUUCAAUGGUAGGCCUAUUGCAGCUUGUGUUUUCUACAGGUGCCUAUUACAAUGGAAAUCAUUUGAAGCGGAAAGAACUGAUCAUUUCGAUCGUAUUAUGACCUGUAUGCAUAGUGCAGUAAAUGACCAAGGCUAUAGCGAGUUGGCAUAUUGGCUCUCCAAUUCAUGCACAUUACUUGUGCUUAUCCAACGAACAUUCACUAUAUUCGGUCCUCGGAGACGUUUGAAAUUUGUUGAACUAGUCAAGAGGAUAAUCAAGGAACUGAAGCAAAAUCCAGGUUUCCAUAAUACCCACUUGAUUGAAGAAUUGAGUGGCCAUAAAGCCCGACGUGCUGCGAUGCUUUUCAAUGAGCGCCUUAUAUCUUUCCUUGAGAAGGUCUAUGAAAUAAUGAUCGACCAUCUGACACAAGAGCUGCGGCAGUUGUUUUUUUGUAGCAUCACGGAACCAACAAUAUCUCAAACUUCAUUUGACCAUUGGCAGGUCAUUGAGCAAAUAUUAACCAAAUACUCUACCGUUUUGAAAUCCAAUUAUGUUCCUCCAUUCUUAAUCAGCAAAUUCUUUACACAAGUCUUUUCACAUAUUAAUGCCCAGCUGUUCAAUAUUUUGCUUCGCCAAAAGAAGUGCUAUUAUUCUAGCAACGCAGAAUAUGUGAAAGUUGGAUUGGAAAGAUUAAAAGUUUGGUGCAGUUCUCAGACUGAAGAGUAUGCAGGUUCUUCGUGGAAACAGUUGAGGCACAUUUGGCAGGCUGUCCUAUUCCUCGUUGUUGUUGGAAAGUCAAAGAAAACUCUGACAGACAUCAGUACUUUGUGCCCUGAGCUGAGUAAACCACAUCUGUAUCAAAUCAUCACAAUGCAUUCGGCUAACACAGAUAGCGAAAAUAUUGUUUCACCAGAGGUUCACUCGGCUGUUGCAUUGUCUAAAAAACGCAUGAUAUUGGAGCAUGCAUCGAUGGAGGAUUAUAAGAAUACGUCGACCAAAAAUUCGAAGAAUAAAUUGAUGGAAGAUUCUAAGAAUGCAUCGACGGAAGCUUCAGAGAAAGAAAGGAUGAAAUACAAAAAAGAAUUGGAUAGUUGGAUCACAUCCAUAUCUUUGUUGGAACCACCAAGCAUUCCAUUUUCUGUGGAUGAUAUCGCGAAGUCAUUGGUUACAUUUGCGGACACAAAUGUUGAUGUGCCAGCUCAGAUCCGUAACAACCCUUGCUUCAACUUCCUACACGAAAGGACAGACUAG